AUGUGGCUUCGAAGUGUGCAGUGUCGGGCAGAAAGUAAUGGUUUGACUUUUAUCACGUCAGCUAUCUUUUCUUCCUCGUGUCAGGUCUGCACAAGUUGUGACGACAAUGCAGAAGCUAAUGGGUUUUGUGUGGAAUGCGUAGAAUGGUUGUGCAAGACCUGCAUCAGAGCUCACCAGAGGGUUAAAUUCACAAAGGAUCAUACCGUAAGACAAAAAGAGGAAGUAUCUCCAGAAGCAGUUGGUGUGACCAGUCAGCGACCUGUGUUUUGUCCUUACCACAAAAAGGAGCAGUUGAAGUUGUAUUGUGAAACCUGUGACAAGUUGACCUGCCGAGACUGUCAGUUACUAGAACACAAAGAACACAGGUACCAGUUUAUAGAAGAAGCUUUUCAGAACCAGAAGGUGAUCAUUGAGACACUAAUCACCAAAUUGAUGGAGAAGACUAAGUACAUAAAGUAUACAGGGAAGCAGAUCCAAAACAGAAUUCUUGAAGUGAAUCAGAAUCAAAAGCAGGUGGAACAGGAUAUUAAAGUUGCCAUAUUUACACUGAUGGUAGAAAUAAAUAAAAAGGGAAAAGCUCUGCUGCAUCAGUUGGAGACUCUGGCAAAAGAGCAUCGGAUGAAACUUCUGCAGCAACAACAGGAAGUGGCGGGUCUCUCUAAACAGCUGGAACAUGUCAUGAAUUUUUCCAAAUGGGCAGUUUCCAGUGGGAGCAGCACAGCACUACUGUACAGCAAACGCUUGAUUACAUAUCGACUACGGUAUCUUCUCCGAGCAAGGUGUGAUGCUUCACCAGUGACUAACAAUACCAUCCAGUUUCACUGUGAUCCUAGCUUCUGGGCUCAAAAUAUUUUCAAUCUAGGUUCUUUGGUAAUUGAAGAUAAAGAAACCCCACCACAUAUGCCCAAGAGCCCUGUGAUGGAAACAAACUUACAGCCACCAGGCAGCUUACCUUCAAACCAGCUGUCUAAGUUCCCAACACAGAUAAGCUUAGCUCAGCUCCGACUCCAGCACAUGCAGCAACAGGUCAUGGCUCAGAGACAGCAAGCUCAACGCAGAGCAGGUCCAGUAGGUUUACCAAAUCCAAGAAUGCCAGGAGCCAUGCAGCAACCUCCUGCUUCUCAUCACGCACCUCCGCGCUUGAUUCAUUUUCAGAAUCAUAGCCCCAAGUCCAAUGCUUCAGCAGUUCCUGCACAACAGAUGAGAUUUCCCCAAAAUCAGAACCUGCCAAGGCAAGCAAUAAAGCCCAACCCAUUGCAAAUGGCAUUCUUGGCACAACAAGCUAUAAAACAGUGGCAGAUCGGUAGUGGACAAACUUCAACUGCCCUUUCAACUGCCAGCAGCACAUCGUCUACUCCCUCCAGCCCUACAGUCACUAGUGCUGUAGGAUGUGAUGGGAAGACAUAUGGUCCCCCCGUGAUAGAUUUGAAUUCUCCAGUGGGUAGCUCCUACAAUCUGCCAUCUCUUCCUGACAUUGAUUGUUCAGGAAACAUCACACUGGAUAAUGUUGUAAGGAAGGAUGGCACUACGGAGCAGAAUCAGCCAAAACCCCCUACAAACAGAACUGUGCAGUCACCAAAUUCAUCGGUGCCAUCACCAUCACCAGGCCUUUCAGGAGGAGUCAGUGUGACAAACAUACAGCCUCCAAUUCGUUCACCCAGUGCCUCCAGUGUUGGGAGCAGGGAGAGUUCUGGCUCCUCCAGCAGGCCACCAGGAGCUGAUUCAACACACAAAGUCCCGGUUGUUAUGUUGGAGCCGAUCAGAAUUAAACAGGAGUCAAGUGCACCAAAUGAGAACUUUGAUUUCCCAAUUGUUAUAGUGAAGCAAGAAACGGAUGAGGAAUCCCGGCCUCGGAAUGCCACCUUUUCAAGAAGCAUACUUACUUCAUUGCUGUUAGAUAGCAAUCAUAAUUCCACUUCUGAUGAAGCUGUCUUAAGAACAGAUGCACCGGACAGCACAGACGAUCAGCCGGGGAUGCUGCAGGAGAACGCAUCCGGUGGGAAGACAGGAUGGAUAGGCCCAUCCCACAUCGGGGAGGGCAGAAAAGAGGAUGAUCCCAAUGAAGAUUGGUGUGCUGUAUGUCAAAAUGGAGGGGAGCUCCUUUGCUGUGAGAAGUGUCCCAAAGUAUUCCAUCUUUCUUGUCAUGUCCCUACAUUGGUGAGCUUUCCAAGUGGAGAGUGGAUUUGUACAUUCUGUCGAGAUUUGUCCAAGCCAGAAGUUGAAUAUGACUGUGAUAAACCCGCUCAAGGCUCUGAAAAAAGAAAAUUGGAAGACACCGUGGGUUUGGCGCCAAUAGACCGUAGGAAGUGUGAAAGACUGCUGCUAUACCUCUACUGUCAUGAAAUGAGUCUUGCUUUUCAAGAUCCAGUUCCUCCCACUGUUCCUGAUUACUACAAAAUAAUCAAAAAGCCUAUGGACUUGUCAACCAUCAAGAAAAGACUUGAAGUGACCAAUUCAUUCUACACAAAGCCGGAAGAUUUUGUGGCUGAUUUCAGACUGAUUUUCCAAAACUGUGCUGAAUUUAAUGAGCCUGAUUCAGAAGUGGCUGAUGCCGGCAUGAAACUUGAAGAGUACUUUGAAGAACUUCUAAGGAACCUUUAUCCUGAGAGAAAGUUCCCUGUACAACCCAACUGCCAGAGUGAAAAAAAUAAUCCAGAACAUACUGAUGACUCAGAUGAUGACUUUGUACAGCCCCAGAAAAAACGCCUCAAAGGAGAAGACCGUCAGUUGCUUAAAUGAGCCGCAUGUGUUACUACAGAACGUUUUUUAAAAACUAAGAAUAUUUAUCACUGAUAAUUGUGAAAAGGGGAAGAAUCAUGACUGCUUUGACUUGUAGGUUUGUGAAUAUUUACUAGACUUUCUACCCCUUGUCUGAAACACAAACCUAAUGGAGAUCAAGGCAUGUGGAGAGCUGCUCUGAAGUUCCAAACUUUUAUCGUACUUCUGGAGCAGCACAGAAAUUGGCAUUUGUGUGGGGUUACAGCUGUUAAACUUUACUUCGAGGAAGAAAAGAAGUUUGUAUAGAAUUGAACUUUAAAUCAUUAUAUGCCUUCAACAUGUGGCUUUCUGAGUUUGAAGGAAAUGUGAUCUCACCAGACUUAAUUUUACCAAAGGCAUGUGGCUGGCCAUAAUUUGAUUUCUUUGUACUGUAUUUAACACAAGCCAUGAAAACAGAUGGUGUAAUAUUAUUGUCCUGCAAUACUGACUGGUACAAUGAAAGCGUAGUUGCCCCCAAAGAAGUUAUUGGCAAUUUUAAAAUGUAAGGGAGAGCGUAUUUUAAAAAAAA